UGAAUAAACCUCAUACUGGGGAGGUCUCCGACUUGAAUCAGCAGGUGUGGAUCCUUCAGGGUCAGACCAUUGUGACAGUUCCACGGAGUAACAGUGUAACCCCAGUCACUGUCACUGUUGUCCCAUGCAAGUAUCCAGAGUUGCUUGAGCAAGGAAGAGGAGUUCCCAUUUAUUUGGGAAUAGAGAAUCCAGAUAUGUGUCUGUCUUGUGAGAACAUUGAAGGGCUGCCCACAUUGCAACUGAAGGAGGAGGAAAUACUGGAUCUGUACAACGAAGUCAAGCCCAUGGAGCCCUUCCUCUUUUACCACUCAAAGAAUGGCAGGACCUCCACCUUCGAGUCCCUGGCCUUCCCUGGCUGGUUCAUUGCCUCCUCUGACAGAGGCCACCCCAUCUUCCUCACUUCGCACCAGCGGGGAGUGUACAAUGUUAACUUCAAUUUAAAUAUCAAUGCUUGA